AUGAAACAAAAAACUAUAAGCAUGGCAAGUACUAAUAGUAGCAGUAUUUACUCAGCAGAAGAUUCUUUGUCUGAUCUGCCCGAAAUUCCUUUUUACAACACAGGAGACGAAAAAGAAAAUGAUCGUCUGAGACAAUUACAUUUUAUUGUAGCUGAAUUUUAUAAAGUGGAAAGAGGUUUCGUAGAGUUAUUACAACAUAUCGGUGUAAAUUAUCCAAAAUAUUUGGAAGAAUGUCAAAGAAGAAAUGGCUAUAAAUGGUUAACCCCUUCUAAAGGUUCUCAUUCUCCUGGGGAUGUAAUUACACGAAUUACUAACCAUUUACAAAUGAUAUUAGCUGUUCAUGAAGAUUUUCUGAAUUCAUUUGAAAUUAAAUUAAGAAAAUGGGAUUCAACAAAUCCAGAUUUUGCUGAAGUUUUUAAAAAUGCUGAUUAUUUAAAAAUUUGUAAUGAUUUUUUAAAAGAAAAACGAACACUUACUGAUGAAUUUAUUCAAUAUCUAAAGGAUAAUUCAGAGUUGGCUUUGGCUACAAGGACAUUUGAACAGGAAGGAUUUACAGAACAACAUAAAAAUAAUAAUAAUAAAAUAAAUAAAUUAAUUAAAAAUAAUAUAAAUAAACAUUAUAUUGCUCUACAAUUAGACAAAGUUCAUCAAAAUAUAGUUCAAUAUAAAAGUCAAAUGGAACGUUACAAAAAAUAUUUACCUCAAAAUUGUGUUGAAGCUGAACUUGCAGAUAAAGCUUUAAGGAAAUUGGAAGAUGUUUCUAGUGGAGUAAAUCAAUAUUUAGUUGGGGCAGAUAAUAAUGAAUUAUUAGAAUUACAUCGAAGACUUCAAGGAUCUUUUGAUGUUUUUGAACCUGGAAGAAAACUUCUUCACAAAGGAGAAUUACUUAGAUAUACAAGAAAAACGCCACAGCCUCGUUAUUUAGUUCUUUUUUCUGAUUUUCUGCUUAUUUGUAAAUAUCCUUCAAUUGGUGAUGCAUUUGAAAAAUUUCAUAAAAUUAAAGUAGAAGAUAUUCAAUUAAAUAUUAAAGAUCAUGUUGAUUACGAGAUUGAAUUUACUUUAAUUUCUCCACAAAAAUCCAGCAGUUUUGGAGCUAAAGAUAAACGAGAAAGGGAUGUUUGGGUACAAAGAAUUUCUGAAGCUAAAACAAAAUUUUUGUUUUUAACUAAAUUAAAUAAUAAUAAUUCUUUAAAUGAUCGAAGAAAUUUAUUAGAGAAUGGAAAUGGAGAAGUAGAAGAAGUAGAAAAAUCUUCGAAAAUUGAAUUUUCAUCUGCAGCCCCAGAAUGGAUGCGUGAUAGUAAAACAACAAAAUGUUUAAUUGUUGGAUGUGAAACAAAAUUUAAUUUAGUAAAAAGAAGGCAUCAUUGUAGAGCUUGUGGUUGGAUAAUUUGCGGUAAAUGUGUUGGGUAUGCUCCAGUAGUUAAUUUAGAAUGGGAACGAGAUAUUGUUUGUCCUGAAUGUUUUGAAAAGACUGUUAUAGCUUGUAAGUUUUUGUUUUGUUUUAAAGUUUUUAUUCAAUUAAAAAUAUCUAGAAAUUCCUUUAAUUUCAAAUAUUAG